AUGGCCCAUACUAUUAACCUGGCAGUCAGAAAAGGGCUUUCAGAGCGUUCUGUAGCAACAGCAGUCAGCCGCCUAAAGGCUGCUGCUCAACAUUUCAAACACUCCCCUACAGACAGCUAUCUCCUGGAGUCCAAACAGAAGCUCCUUGGUCUCAAACCAGUUCAGCUCAUCAAUGACUGCCCCACUCGCUGGAACAGUACCUACCACAUGAUCUGUGGGGCAGCUGAUCAACAAGCCCCUGUUGCAGCAGUGAUAAUGGAAAAGAAAGUCAGCUCCCUGGAGCUCAGCAGUGUCGAGUGGACCCUAAUGGAGAAGGUGAAAGACGUGCUGAAACCAUUCAAAGUAGCCACUCAGGCGCUGUCAAUGGAAGACUUCCCAACAGCAUCAGGUCCUUCCCCUGCAGCGCGAUACGGGCCCAACAAAGAUGCAUUCUUGCUUCUGAACACAGCCAGCUACUUGGACCCGUGUUUUCAGCGGCUCGUGUGUUUGGAUGAAGAGUGGCGGCAGGCGGUGCGAGAUAGGGUUCAGAGGGAGCUUGUAGACCUCAGCAGGAGACAGGUGCAGAGGAUGACACGUAGCAAAGAUCUGCAGCUCACAGGCUGCUCCCUCUGGAAGCUGCUCCCUCUGGAGGCUGCUCCCUCUGGAGGCUGCUCCCUCUGGAGGCUGCUCCCUCUGGAGGCUGCUCCCUCUGGAGGCUGCUCCCUCUGGAGGCUGCUCCCUCUGCAGGCUGCUCCCUCUGGAGGCUGCUCCCUCUGGAGGCUGCCCCCUCUGGAGGCUGCCCCCUCUGGAGGCUGCUCCCUCUGGAGGCUGCUCCCUCUGGAGGCUGCUCCCUCUGGAGGCUGCUCCCUCUGGAGGCUGCUCCCUCUGGAGGCUGCUCCCUCCGGAGGCUGCUCCCGCUGGGUGCUGCUCCCCCCGGAGGCUGCUCCCUCUGGGGGCUACUCCCUCUGGAGGCUGCUCCCUCUGGAGGCUGCUCCCUCUCCCUCUAGAGGCUGCUCCCUCUGGCGGCUGCUCCCUCUGGAGGCUGCUCCCUCUCCCUCUAGAGGCUGCUCCCUCCGGAAGCUGCUCCCUCCGGAAGCUGCUCCCUCCGGAGGCUGCUCCCUCCGGAAGCUGCUCCCUCCGGAAGCUGCUCCCUCCGGAGGCUGCUCCCUCCGGAGGCUGCUCCCUCCGGAGGCUGCUCCCUCCGGAGGCUGCUCCCUCUGGAGGCUGUUCCCUCUGGAGGCUGCUCCUUCCAAAGGCUUCUCCCACUGGAGGCUGCUCCCUCCGGAGGCUGCUCCAGCCGGAGGCUGCUCCCUCCGGAGGCUGCUCCCUCUGGAGGCUGCUCCCUCCGGAGGCUGCUCCCUCUGGAAGCUGCUCCCUCUAGAGGCUGCUCCCUCUGGAGGCUGUUCCCUCUGGAGGCUGCUCCUUCCAAAGGCUUCUCCCACUGGAGGCUGCUCCCGCCGGAGGCUGCUCCCUCCGGAGGCUGCUCCCGCCGGAGGCUGCUCCCUCCGGAGGCUGCUCCCGCCGGAGGCUGCUCCCGCCGGAGGCUGCUCCCGCCGGAGGCUGCUCCUUCCGGAGGCUGCUCCCUCUGGAGGCUGCUCCCUCCGGAGGCUGCUCCCCCUGGAGGCUGCUCCCUCUGGAGGCUGCUCCCUCUAG